UGAUCACGUGGCCAGCUCCGGGCGCGGCGCUUGUUUUGGUUUCCCUCUAGCUUGUCCCUGGCAGCUUCAGGGUGAGCGACUUUACUGUGCCGGUUGCUGCGCCUGUCUUACACUCAGAUCUCCUCUUCUUAGGGCUCUUUCAGCCCGCGGUUCGGCAAGCCCCUCGGGGCCGGUUACUGCCAUGCCGCUAGUUCGCUACAGGAAGGUGGUCAUCCUCGGGUACCGCUCUGUAGGGAAGACAUCUUUGGCACAUCAGUUUGUGGAGGGCGAGUUCCUGGAAGGCUAUGAUCCUACAGUGGAGAACACUUACAGCAAGAUAGUGACUCUUGGCAAAGAUGAGUUUCACCUACACCUGGUGGACACAGCAGGGCAGGAUGAGUACAGCAUUCUGCCCUAUUCAUUCAUCAUUGGGGUCCAUGGUUAUGUGCUUGUGUAUUCUGUCACCUCUCUGCAUAGCUUCCAAGUCAUUGAGAGUCUGUACCAAAAGCUACAUGAAGGCCAUGGCAAAACUCGGCUGCCGGUGGUGCUAGUGGGGAACAAGGCAGAUCUCUCUCCAGACAGGGAGGUCCAGGCAGUUGAAGGGAAGAAGCUGGCAGAGUCCUGGGGUGCGACGUUUAUGGAGUCAUCUGCUCGAGAGAACCAGGUGUUUGGCCUGAAGAUUAUGGGCAAAAUCAGGCUGACUCGAGGCAUCUUCACCAAAGUCAUCCAGGAGAUUGCCCGGGUGGAGAAUUCCUAUGGGCAAGAGCGCCGCUGCCAGCUCAUGUGAGCCCUCAGGCAUUGGGUUGCUGCCUUGAUUCUGCCCCUGGCACUUGCCAGGCUCCAAUGGGUGUAGGCCCUUAGGACUUCACGGGUAUGGUUGCCAGCUGUGUCCCCAGUCCUCUGAGGUCACACAGUGUGGUACCCUCAUGUUUGCACAUUUUUCCAGGCUCCAGUGGCCUGGUUGUCAAUGUUUACAAUGGGCCAAGGAUGUCUCAUAGGCUCUGGCCUCUAGUCCUCUGUUUUUGCUAAAUGAAUUGUUACAACCUGCGGGGUUGCACUGUGAGUCCUAAGCAUUGUUUAUUUAGGACCCACUCUUCUGUGCAGGUUUUGGGUGUUGGCUGGGUGAAGGGAGCUUGGGAUUCCUUAAGUGGAGCAGGCUCCCUAGGGUGACUAUGUAUAUAUGCAAAUAAACUGAGAAAUCUU